AUGUCGAAGCGCGAGGCACACAUCCAGCCUCGGAUGGUGAAGAAGGGCCCCUUCUCCGUCGAGGCACCCGGCUACGAACCAGUCCAGGGCGAGACCAUUCCCCGCCGACACCCAGCAGCCAAAGACGGCCUCAUCCUUCGCCCAGCAGAGGAUGUUUCCACCACAUACGAGAACUUCCGCCGCUCCGCUCGGGUAUUCGGUAACGCCAAAGCGGUCGCCAGUCGCAAACUGAUCAAGACCCAUGUCGAGAAUAAGAAGGUUAAGAAGAUGGUCGAUGGUGUGGAGCAGGAGGUCGAGAAGCAGUGGACAUACUUUGAGUUGAGCGGAUACACAUACAAGUCUUUCUUAGAGUAUGAGCAGCUGUGUCUGCAGCUCGGCGCUGGUCUGCGCAAGCUCGGUCUCGAGAAGGAUAACCGUAUUCACCUGUACGGCGCCACAAGCGCACACUGGCUGGCCAUGUCGCACGGUGCUGCAUCGCAGUCCAUUACAAUUGUCACUGCCUACGAUACUCUGGGUGAGGAGGGUCUGAAGCACUCUCUGAAGCAAACUGCUAGUGAUGCUAUCUUCCUGGACCCUGCUCUGAUCAAAUCGCUCCUUAAAGUUCUGGGAGACAUCCCUUCGAUCAAGCGCAUUAUCUAUAACACCGAUAACGAGGUUAAGCAGGAGGAUUUGGACAAGCUGAAGAGCGAUUUCAGCCACAUCGAGGUGUUGAGCAUUGAGGACCUUCGCAAGUCUGGCGAGGAGAACCCUGUGGACCCUGUGCCACCUACCCCCGAGGACCUUUGCUGUAUUAUGUACACGUCUGGCUCAACGGGCGCACCAAAGGGUGUCUCUUUGACUCACGCCAACGUUAUUGCCGCCACCGCCGGUGUUAACCAGGUCGUCGGGCCUUACAUCGACACCAGCGAUUCUCUUCUUACAUACCUUCCUCAGGCUCACAUUCUGGAGUUCAUGUUUGAGAACCUUUGCUUGUACUGGGGUGGUACCAUGGGAUACGGUAACCCUAAGACACUAUCCGAUGUCUCUGUGCGCAACUGCAAGGGUGAUAUUCGCGAAUUCAAGCCUACUAUUCUAGUCGGUGUUCCAGCUGUCUGGGAGACUGUUAAGAAGGGUGUUCUCAACAACCUCGGCAAGACCAGCUUCAUCAUCAAGGGUAUGUUCUGGGGUGCUAUGGCUGCCAAGACCUUCCUCUUGAACAACGGUGUCCCCGGCGCAAACUUCGGUGCUGGAAUCCUUGACGCGGUUGUCUUCAAGAAGCUCAAGGAGGCCACCGGUGGUCGUCUCCGUAUCCUGAUGAACGGUGGUGGUCCCAUCUCCAAGGAAACCCAGAAGUUCCUCUCUAUGGCCAUUGCCCCCAUGAUUGGUGGUUACGGUUUGACCGAGACCGCUGCUAUGGGUGCUCUGAACGACCCUAUGGCAUGGAACCCCGAGGCUUUAGGUGACAUUCCCGCCUCAAUUGAGGUCAAGCUCGUCGACUUCCCCGAUGCCGGCUACUUCACCAAGAACACUCCUCCCCAGGGAGAAAUCUUCAUCCGCGGUGGCAGUGUGACAUCCGGCUAUUUCGACAACGAGGAGGAGACCAAGGCUGCAUUGACCGAGGACGGCUGGUUUAUGACUGGUGACAUUGGUGAAUUCGACUCCCACGGCCACCUGAGCAUCAUCGACCGUAAGAAGAACCUGGUCAAGACUCAGAACGGCGAGUACAUUGCACUGGAGAAGCUCGAGUCGGUCUACCGCUCAUGUCCCGUUGUUGGUAACAUUUGCGUCUACGCUGCUGAAGAUCAGGACAAGCCAAUUGCUAUCAUUGUCCCCGUUGAAGUUGCUCUGAAGAAGAUUGCCAGCGAGAACGGAGUUAAUGGUGACACCCUUGAGACCCUUGUGCACGAUGAGAAGAUCCAACGUCUUGUUCUUCAACAACUCCAGAGUUCUGGCCGUGCUGGAGGUCUGAAGGGUAUUGAGAUUGUCAGUGGUGUUGUUUUGUCUGAUGAGGAGUGGACCCCUCAAAACGGUUUCAUGACUGCCGCCCAGAAGUUGCAGCGCAAGAAGAUCGUUGACCAGUACAAGUCUCAGGUUGACAAGGCGUACGGCAAGAAAUAA